AUGCAGCACUACGGGGUGAACGGCUACUCGCUCCACGCCAUGAACUCACUGAGCGCCAUGUACAACCUCCACCAGCAGGCGGCGCAACAGGCCCAGCACGCCCCUGACUACAGGCCCUCAGUGCAUGCCCUCACUCUUGCAGAGAGACUGGCUGACAUCAUCCUUGAGGCCCGGUAUGGCUCCCAGCACCGUAAGCAGCGGCGGAGUCGCACGGCCUUCACCGCCCAGCAGCUGGAGGCCCUGGAGAAAACCUUCCAGAAGACCCACUAUCCUGAUGUGGUGAUGCGUGAGCGUCUGGCAAUGUGCACCAACCUGCCCGAGGCACGAGUGCAGGUCUGGUUCAAGAACCGUCGGGCCAAGUUCCGUAAGAAGCAGCGCAGCCUGCAGAAGGAGCAGCUCCAGAAACAGAAGGAGGCGUCAGGAGCAGCAGACGGCUCUCCUGAGGACUCCAAGACUGACCUCACCAACGCCAACACCACCACCACCACCACCACCCUGGCUCCUGAGGCCCGCACCCCUCCCCACCCCUCCUCCUGUCACUCAGAGGAGAGGCCGGAGGCGGCACGGCCCCAGCCUGACGAGAUGAGCGUGGAAGUCAACGUCACCUCCCCUGAGCCCUCGGACAGCGAGUCAGCAGCGGAAGAUAAUGCUGACAGAGAAGAGGACGAAAUGAGGGGGGAGACGAGGGUGAAGACCAGGGAGGAGACGCAUGGGGAGAGAGGAGCGCAGCCAGGGAGCACCCCCCCAUCCUGCAAACGACUCAGCCCUGCACCAGACUCUCCCCUGAGCUCCCCUGCCUUGCCGUCCUCCAGCAGUGCGAGUGGCGGCAUGGCUCCGGGCAACUCCUACGCCUCGUCCCCCCUCAGCCUCUUUCGGCUGCAGGAACAGUUUCGGCAGCACAUGGCCGCCACCAGCAACAUGGUGCACUACCCGUCCUUCGACAUGAGCACACAGUCCUCUAUGCCCUACCUGGGCAUGAACGUCAACAUGCCGUCCCCGCUGGGCUCACUGCCCUGCCAGUCCUAUUACCAGUCGCUGUCACAGGCCCAGCAGGUGUGGAACAGCCCGCUGAUGCAGCCGGCGCCAGGCAGCCUCCCGGGAAGCAUCCCGGGAAGCCUCAACAGCAAGACAACGAGCAUUGAGAACCUCCGCAUGAGGGCUAAGCAGCACGCAGCCUCGCUGGGAUUGGACACGCUCCCCAACUGA